GAGAGAGAGAGAGGAGAGAGAGAGAGAGAGAGAGGAGGGGGAGACUGAGUCAGCCGAUAAACACUCCCGGGGGUGAAACUUUGACCACAAGAGGGGAGAAACGAAGAAAAAUAACAGCGAGAGGAGAAGGGUUACACUUUCAUAUUCUGAAAGAGGCACGUUUCUAAGAGAGAAAACUACACACAAAAAAAAGAAAGAAAGAAAGAAAGAAAGGGGUCUCUGCUGAUUCCCGGCGCGGCGAUGUGUGUGAGCCGAUUGUAAAGUUCGGGUUCGGUUCGGUUCAGAGCUUUACAUGGAUUUGUUGGAGUGGAGGAGACACUAGAAUGGACGUGGUCGAUGAAACAGAAGCUUUGCAGAGAUUCUUUGAAGGUCACGAUAUCAACGGUGCUCUCGAGCCGGCGAACAUUGACACGAGCAUUCUGGAGGAGUACAUCAGUAAGGACGACUCGGCCGACAUCUGUUUCCCCGAGAUCCCUGUCAGCUAUUCAAAUCCACAGCCUGGUGUGUCUGCAGGGGGGGUGUGUGUGGUGAGCAGUCCUUUGCCCAUCAGACAGGGGGCGCUGCUCCCCAAUCCCUGCCAGCCACCCUACCCUCCCCACCUGGGUCUGCUCACCAAGGGCUACCCCUGCAUGGGCCCUGGGCCUCCCAUCAAGAGCGAAACCAAGGGCCCCUACGCUCCUGGAACUUUACCCGAGUCCCCACCCGAUUCCAGCUCAGAGCCCUACUCCCCCCAGCAAGUGAAUGAUCAACACAUGCAUCGGACCAUGACCCCAGAGAACAUGUGCCACAUGACCCCUCCCACUCGUCUGGAGCACCAGGCCCCGCCCCCUCUCAGCUCCUCCCACAUGCAGGGCCCGCACCCCCACUAUCCCAGCAUGCCACGGGACAUGUACAUGAAGGCGGAGCCGAUGAUGUCUCAGUAUUCGAUUGGCCCAGUGAUGGCGGCCGGGGAUAUUCAGCACAACCAACAGGGCCAGAUGCUGCACCAGCUGCUACAGCACCACCAGGGGGCACCAGAUAGGAUUCCUGUCCAUCAGGCGAAGAAGAGGAAGCACUCCGACUCACCCCCCAACACUCUCAACACUCAGAUACUCAACGGCAUGAUCAAGCAGGAGCCAGGGUUGAUGCAGGACAGCGACGGCUCCUACCUUGACCCCAACUACCAGUGCAUCAAGUGGCAGCCACAUCAGCAGAAUAAGUGGGCCGCGCUGUACGACGUGAACUGCAAAGAGCUCCCCAUGCCCACGUACCGCGUCGACGCUGACAAGGGCUUCAACUUCUCGGUGCCCGACGACUCCUUUGUGUGCCAGAAGAAGAAUCACUUCCAGGUCACCGUGUAUAUCGGCAUGCUGGGAGAUCCCAAAUAUGUGAAGACCAGCGAGGGGCUGAAAGCGAUCGAGUGCUUCUACCUGAAACUGAAUGGGGUCAAGCUGGAAGCCAUGAACCAGACCAUCAACGUGGAGCAAUCCCAGUCCGACCGCAGCAAGAGGCCCUUCAAACCAGUGGUGUCACCCCUCUGUCUGUGUUGCAGGGUCACCCUCCCUCCUGAGCAGGUGACGAAGGUGACGGUGGGACGGCUGCACUUCAGCGAGACGACAUCGAACAACAUGAGGAAGAAGGGCAAGCCCAACCCUGACCAGAGGUACUUCAUGCUGGUGGUGGCGCUGCAGGCCCAGUCUCAGAGUCAGAGCUACACUGUGACAGCGCAAGCAUCCGAGAGGAUCAUAGUGAGGGCCUCGAACCCGGGUCAGUUUGAGAGUGACAGUGACGUGCUCUGGCAGCGCGGUCAGCUCCCGGACACCGUGUUCCAUCACGGCCGUGUCGGGGUCAACACGGACCGGCCCGACGAAGCUCUCGUCGUCCACGGCAACAUCAAGGUCAUGGGGUCACUCAUGCACCCCUCGGACAUCCGGACUAAGGAGAACGUGCAGGAGGUUGACACCACAGAGCAGCUCAAGCAUAUCUCCCAGAUGAGACUGGUCCACUACCAGUAUAGACCAGAAUUCGCUGCUACUGUGGGCAUCGACACCACUGCUGAGACAGGUGUGAUCGCGCAGGAAGUGCAGGAGAUUCUUCCUGAUGCGGUGAAGGAGUCGGGCGAUGUCGUGUUUGUGAACGGAGAGACCAUCGAGAAUCUACUGGUGGUGAACAAGGAUCGAAUCUUCAUGGAGAAUGUGGGUGCGGUGAAGGAGCUCUGCAAACUGACUGACAACCUGGAGACUCGAAUCGACGAGCUGGAGAGAUGGAGCAAGAAACUGGCCAAACUGAGGAGGCUGGACAGCAUGAAAUCAACUGUGAGCGGAGGAACUCUGAGCCAAGCAGGAAGUCAGUUCAGCCGGGCAGGAAGCGGGCCGUACAAGAAGAGGCCUCCCAAGGUGGGCAGCAAGAGUCCGAGCGUGUCCGAGCAGAGCUGUAUCAGUCACCGCUUCCUGCAGGGCACCAUCCUCGCACUGGUCAUCAUCAUGGCCUUCAGUGUCAUCUCCAUGUCCACGCUGUACGUGCUGACCCUGCACAACCGCAGUGAAAUCGACGCUGAAGGUUCGGUCGCCAUGGCCACCAUCUGCAUAAUGGCCAUGCCCUGGAGGCAUGGUCUAAGCGCCACAGUCACACUCUGUCCACGGUCCUCUCCUGAUUUUGGCUCGUCCCGGCAGUCCACCUUUUCCCCGGACUUCACUGGAACCACCCCCCCUUCGCAAGUUCCGCCCUCCCCUACUCUGUCAAAUCAGGAUGUGUGCUGUUCCUCUACCCCUACCAUAACCAACCAAUCAGCAACCACCCUCUCCUUUAGCACUAACCAAUCCACUACAGUUCCCAGUGUUCCUGCCUCCACUGACGGGAUGACCAAUAAGAAGGCUAAGUCCCGUCAGAGUGAGAAGGAGGGUCGGUUGUGGAGCUGGCUCAGCCCCGCGCCACCCCCUCACAGCACUCACAUCCAGGGCAAGUCCAAGAGACCGCUGGAGCUUGGGGGGGCAGCAAACACACUGCCCGGGGGGGAACAAGACCUGCCCCCGCCCCGGCGCCAACGCAGAGCAAAGACUGCCUGGCCGGACCCCUCUCUGAGCUCCCUGCGGAUUUUGGAGACAGACCAGCCAAUCACAUCGCAGCACUGCACCCCGCCUAAGUCAUGCAGCCCCGGUAACUACAGCUACACCAUCCUGCUGAGCAGCAACAGCACCGCGGGCCGAGCUGGACUCACCCUGGAGAUGAACUCCUCCUCUCCGCUGCUGGUGCUACUGUGUGGGGUCAGCAGGGGGCGCCGCUGUGCCAAGAGCCUGGAUACACAGAGGAGCCUGGACAUGACCUCCACAAAGGGCAUGGCUCACCGGUGGCCUCUAGAGGUUAUUCCAUUCCAUAACAUCGCGUAUCACUUCCGGGUCGCCAAGUCUCAGGAAGUGACCUGUGAAAGCAAGCAUGUGGAGGCGGGACAACCCUUCGCCAACUACCACUUCCUGUUCCUGCAGGCGUGUGUCUGAAAGGGGAGUGGCUUACACCAGGUGCAUUGUGGGACAGAACCACUAUGUAUAUAUCUCCUUGCACUUCCUGUUUCCAGUGACCCCCACUGUAUCGGGAGGGAGGGAGGGAGGGGUUCACCAUGCUGUACCUUAGAACAGCUUCAUUAUUGAGAGGUUCAACCC